AUGGGUGGUGGAGAUUUGAAUUUGAAAAAGAGUUGGCAUCCACAAACGUUACACAAUGUUGAAAGAGUCUGGAAAGCUGAGCAAAAACAACAAGCUGAACAGCGAAAGAUUGAUCAGUUAAAACAAGAGAUUGAAGAAGAGAGAGCGAGAGAGGAAAUCCAAGCGCAUGCUGUUUCUACUGGCGUUCUCAGGAAAAAGUCCAAUCGACUAGAUUGGAUGUAUGCUGCACCUGGAGUCAGUGCUGAUCGUGAAGAAUACCUCUUGGGAAAAACUUUGGAUAAUAAACUACUCAAUAAUGAUGCCAAAGAAGAACAAAACAAUCCGCUUACUAUGCCUAGCUCAUCCUCUGAUGUAGUUAACAAUCCAAAGGAUAUGGCAGCAAAAAUUAGGGAAGAUCCGAUCUUUCUCAUGAAGAAACAAGAAGAUAGUAGAAAAAAGGAGUUGGUUCAAAAUCCGAUCAAAAUGAAAAAACUAAGAGAGUUGCUUCAUAACACAAUGGAUAAAAAACCUAAAAAGCAUAAAAAAAAGAAGAGCAAAGAUCACGAAAAGAAGCAUAAAGAUGAUAAUGUAAGAGUUCACCAAGACCACCAUCGUAGUAUGAACCAGCACAGGGACAGGGAACGAGGUCGAGAUAUAUCACCAUCGCAUCGACGACGAAGCGAGCAAAGGAAUGGUAUUCAUCGAGAUCACAGGUCACGUUCUCGUAGUCCUAGACGUUACCACGAUAAUUACAAUAGGCGACCGCGCUCUAAAAGUCCAGACUAUAAGAGGCGUGAUCAAGAAAGAUCGACCCAACGAAAUUACAAUCGUCGGCAAAACAAUCUCUUCCAAAAUAACGAUAAGAAUCCUCAAACUAAAAAAAAAUUAUCAGCUGAAGAAAUGCAAAAAUUGAGGGAAGACAUGAUGUCGAAUGCAAAAUGGAGAGAUGAGCAAAGGGAGUCGAAUGUAAAAAAGUAUAAGAUUGCGGAUGACGAAGAAAAGAACGACAAUGGACCAAAAGAUGCAGCAUUUAUUAGGUAUAUGGGUACAAAAAUUAUCAUUUCUUUCGAAAGACACGCCGAAUUAUGCAUUAAUUAUAAUUAA